AAAACAUACAACAGCCGGUGUUCGCCAAUGGUCACCCACUUGACUACUAAUCUGCCGGUUAGUGGCUUGUCUAUGGGGGAGCAGACGGGACCCCGAAUUCUCCACUACCUAUGGUCGUAUGUGGAGGUUUAUGGAGGUCUUUUGGUUUAUAUUCCUAGCUUAACAGAUGGACCGAGUUGGCUAGCGAUGAUGCUGCGGCUCAUUCGGUGA